GUCACGCGCUGCACAUCGGUGCUGUCCACGUCGCCCUCGUGUUCGGUUUACUAAACUUUUUUCCAUUCCAUUUAUUUCCAUUGGCCAGUCGUAAUUUUUAUUAAUUCACCAAGGAUAAUCCCUCAACAACGUAAUAAUCGAAUUCAAUCGCACGAGGGUGAUAGCGAGUCGAUAAAAAUCGCGAUGAUAAUUCCAACAAUCAACUUCGAUUGAAAAGAAAUAAUCAACAAAACAAAACGAUAAAAUAAACGGUAUUAAUCGGUGUUAAAUAAACUCCAAGGUGACUUAGGUGUUAUUUAUUAUUUCUCAUUGCGUAUCAGAGACAAGUGCGACUGUUUUCAAAUAACAUUAUUCAUUCGUGUGAUGUGCUGGAUUGGUGCUGUGGGAUGACAAUGUCACGUGCUAUUCUCAUUCUCGACCCAUCGACCAUUGAAUAUUUAAUUCCAACGAGAUAAAUAACAAUUCUAAAAACUAUUGAUAAAUAAUCAUCGUCAAUUAUGGACAAUUACGGAGGCGCAAACUACAUCGAGAUUACUGUGAAUUUGUGUUUACAGAUGAGCGAGUCAAGGUGGUGAAUCCCAAGUGCUUGGAUAUUGUGUGAAAGAACAAUAAAAAGACUAAAUUAAUUUUGCGACAGAGGUGUUACUAAAAGCCGCAAAAACGGAGGAAUCAGAGGAAUUCAAGAUGACGCAGCAGAGCGGCGCCGGUUCACCCCAGCAGUUCUGUUUGCGGUGGAACAAUUAUCAGACAAAUUUAACCAAUGUCUUUGAUCAAUUGCUCCAGAGUGAGUCAUUCGUCGACGUGACCCUCGCUUGCGACGGCCACUCGGUGAAAGCUCACAAGAUGGUACUGUCAGCAUGCUCGCCGUACUUUCAGGCCCUAUUCUUUGAGAAUCCGUGCACCCACCCUAUUGUCAUAAUGAAGGACAUCAAGUGGCCAGAAUUGAAGGCAGCUGUUGAAUUCAUGUACAAGGGUGAGAUUAACGUGUCGCAGGAGCAGAUUGGGCCUUUGCUGAAGGUGGCUGAAUGCCUGAAAAUUCGAGGUCUUGCGGAUGUCAACAGUGAGCAGGAGCUCGUCUCCCGGCCAAGUAUGCUUGACAAUAUAGCAUCAUUGGCAAGUGGUUCACAGAAUCGGAAGAAACGUCGCAGAGUGUCCGGCGAUCGUUCACCAAGUGUCAACAGUCCUGAUCAGAACUCCUGCAUAAUUGACGAUCAGGAAGUCAUUGGACUGCCCGAUGUUCACAAUCUCGUUGCAUCAUCAACACCAAGAUCCAUUGGUUCACCAUCAUCAGCGCCAAGUAUCUCAGUAACACCGCAAAUUAAUCUUCAGGAGCUUCCUGUCUCGUUGCCAUUACCACCACCACCAACAUCAAGCCAAAGCGCUCACUCUGUUGGACACCACGUGACUAGCCACGUGACAUCUGGUGGUCAUCCCAGUGUCAAUCAUCUUGGACAGCAUGUCCAGGGAUUGACGGUGCAGCAGCAUCAGGCACAGGCACAACAGGCCGCUGCUGCGGCGCAGCAUCAGGCACAGCAGGCACAGCAGCAGGCUGCUGCUGCACAGCAUCAUCAACAGGCGGUUGGUAAUCAGUCGACGCCGGUUGAUGAUUUGGAGAUUAAACCCGGAAUUGCGGAGAUGAUUCGGGAGGAGGAAAGGGCCAAGUUGUUGGAGUCUUCCCAUGCUUGGCUCGGUGCCUCCACCUCCAAUAUAUCAGACAGCUACCAGUAUCAACUACAGUCGCUCUGGCAAAAAUGCUGGAAUACGAAUUCGGGACUUGUUCAUAAUCUACGCUUUCGGGAACGUGGACCGCUGAAAUCGUGGAGGCCUGAGACUAUGGCUGAGGCGAUCUUCAGUGUUUUGAAGGAGGGACUUUCGUUGAGUCAAGCAGCAAGAAAAUACGAUAUUCCAUACCCAACAUUCGUCUUAUACGCGAAUCGCGUACACAACAUGCUAGGACCGAGCUCCGAUGGCGGGGCCGGUGAGUAUCUACGGCCAAAGGGACGAGGAAGACCCCAGAGGAUUCUACUGGGUGUGUGGCCAGACGAGCACAUCCGCGGUGUUAUCAGGGCUGUUGUAUUCCGUGACGGUUCCAUCGUCAAGGACGAGCCAAAUCCAAUGUAUCCAAGCCUAGCGAAUUACGCGUGCAAUGGGCCAGAGGGGGCGGUGAGCCCUGGUGCUGCUGCGGCUGCUGCGGUUGCCGCGGUCGCCCAAGGCCUUCGGCAUCAAAUGUGCAGCAUGGUAGCAGCCGCCCAGUCCCACCAACACGACAUGAUCGCGACAAAUCUCUCAGCAAACUUCCAAGCAGCUGUCCAAGUAAGCCAGCACCACUUGAACAAUAACAGUGGUUCGAGUAAUAACAAUAACACAAACAACAAUCGCAAUUCCCCGUUGAUCCUGGGUCUGCCGAGUCCAGGCUCGGGGGGCCCCCCAGAGAGUCCCAUGGAGGGCAGUCCACUCGCCAGCCCCCUAGCACCACUGAUGGAUCCAGCCCACAUCCCAAGUAGCGUUGAAGUUGGCAUUGGCGUCAGUGGUAUGACAUACAAGCCCCAGCGCAGCUACGUCAGCCCCAGACCGGAGAACAUAUUCCAGGAGGACAUCUCAGACCUCGUGAAGAGUUCACAUGGCCACAAGGACAAGGACAAAGUGCCAGUUAAACUCGAACCCUUGACUGAUUCCAGGAGCGAGCAGUAAUUUUUUUUAUUCAAUGAUCGAAGGAAAAUUCUCAUUUUGGUUCUCACGAGAAAUUAUGAGGCUCAAUCUCAAUUGUUACAUUUCUCCCCUGGGAUGGGACGAGGAAUUUGUAAUUAAGGGAAUGGGUGAGGGAACCUGUAACUGUUGAGAGUCUUAAACAUUUUUUCGAUGUUGAAAACACGGGAGAACACGUCAAAAUCAAAAGAAUAUUACGAGCACUGUAAAGAGUUAUUUGUCUCGUACCCCUUGAGUGUUUGAGUCACUUUAAUGUGACACUGAAUGGAGUACUUGAGGAUUAAGUUAUAAAUGAGAUGGUGAAACAAAAUAUUAUGAUUAAACGUGGAGUAGAGUGGAGAUGUGGUCUUAGGAUUAUAAAAUUUUAGUCGUCGAUUACCGAAUUUGCGCCAAAAUUAUCCCGAAUGAAAAUACAAAUGUAAUAACGAUUAGUUCUUCGUCAGUAAGAUGGGGAAAAUUUUGUGGAAAUCGUACUCAAGAUAAUUUAUAUGUAUGCAAUACGGAUUAUGUGUUAAUGCCAAAUGUAUAAUAGUUUGAUGAGGAUCGGUUGCAUGCUAUAGGGAAAAUUUUUCUUUUUUUUAUGGGAAUCAUUUAAUGGUCACUUUAAUUUUACAGCUGAACACACGUCGAAACUGUUUAUUGAGUUAACGACGGGAAAAUAAAACGCCAAUUUUUAGUUCUUUGCAUUAAAAUGACGGUGCAAUGGCGCUAUUGUCAUUUUCUAGUCAAUCGAACGUCCACGCAUAUUUAUUAUGAAUAUUAAUUGUUUUUUUUGUCAUUUCGACAAGUGUUCAGCCUGUGAACACCAAAAGGAGAUACAGAUGAAUUUCAACUUUCCAGAUUUUCUCCCGAAUAAUAAAUGUGGCCAUUUUUUUAUGAUACUACUUAAAACGAUAGGGGAAGAAAUGUACAAAAUUUGUCACUUGUCUUCAUCUUAUCGAGAAUGAAGUAAAAAGGGGGAGAGCAUUAAAAUUUUAAUGGAGAUGAAGACUUCGUGGUGGGAAUACGUGAAAUUAUAUUGAAAGGUGCAACAACUCGACAAGAUUUUGAAAAGAGAGUCGAAUUAUUUAAGUAAUGAUUGCCUUCCUGCCAUAUUUGGGGUAUGCCAAGUAUAAAAAUUAUAAGAUUUAGGUAUUAAACAAAGGGAAAAAAGUGUUUAUGGAAAAAUUUGAAAAAAAAACGUAGACUGGAUCUUUGAGGAAAUUGGAGAGUAUUCGAAUCAUCCGAGUGUGCGAGUGAAUGCUGAACAUAAAGGUGAGAAUUUCUGAUUGUUGUGAUGGAUGAGAGCUUGCCUUUCUUUGUUUAUUCGAGAGAUCGUGCUAUUUUUCAAAAUUGUAAAGAAAAAAAAAUGACAAAUUUUGCCGUGCGUUAUUUCGGCCAAUGGGACCCUGGGAUUCUCGAUUCAGAAAAAAAAUACCCAUCCCCUUGGGAAUUUCUCUAGUGUAAAAAGAAAAAAACAAUUCGAAGUGGCCUUCGUAAAAAAAGAAAAACAAAUCUCCAUGAGAAUCUUGUUUUUUGGCAUUCUUUCCAAUGUUGUAGUUUCUUUUGUCCAGGAAUUGAUAAAAGAAAGUUCUCGCGCGUCUCGGUCGUUUUUUAACGUUUUCUUGAUAAAUACUGGCGCUCAAAUUAGUUCAGUAUUAUUUUUAUCUCUUUCCUCUUUUGAGAAUUCAAUCAGCAAUUUUUUGUUUCAUUUUUCUUACCAAUUUUCAGCGAUAGAAUUCGUUCUCACACAUAUUUUUUCCAAUUUUCUUUGCGUAACUCAAGUUGUCCUAUAAUAACUGAACUAAUUUGACGUCGAGACAAGUGAUAACGAGUCAAAUUCGUUCUAAUUAGCACGACGGUGAUUAAUAUUAAAAAAUGAUAUUCUUGAUACAAACAUUUUUGUGCGAAAAUUACAAAAUGAAAAGAAUAAAAAUUACUAUAAAGUAAAAAAUGAACGAUCAAUGCGGAAAUUUUGCGUUUACCAUCUAAAUAAGAAAACGUAAUAAAAAAUCCCACGGGCCGUUCGUCGUCCUGUUGAUAUCGUAUACGUAUUAAAAAAUAAAUCCUGAACUUUCUUAUUUCCAACGAGUCGCUUUAAAAAUUCCCUGAAGCGGAAACAAUGGAUACGGUUUUUACAAUCUAGGCUUAAAUGUGUUCAGAGUGAACUUUCAGAUAAACCGGAAAGAAAAAAAAAAUUUAAACUUACACGACAAAAUCGCGAGACCGAGAGCAAGCGAGUGUGCGAAAGUUUUUGAAAGAUUGAUACGUGAGAAAAUAAAAUUAAAUAAUGUAUAAAAAAAAAGUAGUAAGUGCCUUCCAAAAGAAAAAAUUGUUUAAAGAGUCCCGUAGAUCGUGACCAGUUGUAAGUGAAGAGAAAAGAAAUUCAAAAUUUCGUCGUUUAAAAAAUUUCAAAGUAACACUUUCAGGAAUUAAAGAGAAAAACAAAUUGGUAACUGCAAUGUGUCGAUGAAGAAAAAAAAAUACUAAAAAUAACCAGCGUGUUUGUGAAUUGAGUGUAUGGUAUUAAAAAUGAAAAAAGCUGAUGAGAAAAGUCGCCUGUCGUGCAAACGCCGGGAACACCUCAAAUGCCUGCCCGUUAGCAUUUGCACGUCACGCGUUUUUAUAAAAACUCCGAAGAAACAAUAAUUAAAUUCCGUUUGGAUCGAUCCACCACCGGUAAUACCCUGAAUGGCAUGUCUGUAGGAAGUUGAACUUGUUUUUUUUCCUCCAUUUAUCGAAACGAUAUGAGAAUGAGAAUUUUUAAAAAUAAAUAAAUGAAAACGUGAGCUCUGAGAAUAAAUUUAAAAAAGAUGAUGAAAAAAAAAUCCUUCGUUUCCACAUUUUGAUAUAUCUGUGAAGAAGAAAGAAAUAAACAAAAAAAAUACAUAAAUACCUAUAUUACAUACUUAAUAUGUAAGUGAAGAAAAAGGAAAAAAACACAAAAAGUAUCUAGUACGCUAAUAUUGAUAUAGUGAACAUGAAAUGAUUAUAUAAAGGAUAUAAAUAUUUAUUAUAUAUAAAUUGAUAUAUGUAUAUCGAUACGGUUACUGCUGGGGUGCAUUUACCAAAAAAAAACACAAGAAAGAAAAUUACGAGAACAAUUAAGUAAAUUUACCUUUGAUUUACAAGACGAUCCUCUAGACUAGCUAACGGAAAUCACGGGGUCUUGGUGGUAGGACGCAAUCAAUAGGAGUCUCGAGAGAGAUAUAAAUUCAGAGGCAGGAUUUCACGAGCAGGUUUUUGGAGAACGCCCAUUCGUUUGAAUAGAAUACAAAGAAAUUAUUAUUGAAAUGAGAUCCAAUAUCAAAGCUAAUUAAUUAUACGAUCAUCAACUUCACGCCGCAAUAACUAGAAUCAUACUCAACAAUCCUUCAUUUCUCAGAGAUGAUAACCAAUGAACGAGUGUAAAGACAACUGACACAAAGAGCGACAGAAUCCGCAUUGAAUUAUCGAUUAAAAUUCGAUGAAAAAAAAAGAAUCGUACAUGACAGGUAACGACGAUGAAGUACAGAGCCUACAGAAUAAACCGAACAAACCACAAAUGCUUCUUUUGCCCCGCUAAACUAAAAACUGCAGUUGAGAGGUAGAGAAUAAAAAUAGUUGAAUUCCUAGUUGACCAGAGAAAACUCGUUAGUAAUUUUUCAAGUUAGAGUUCACAUUAUUUGGUCUCAAUUCAUGAUAGCACCCGAAACAAUAGAACAAUAUAAGAAGCUACAUCCAGCAAUCCUCACAGUAAAUGAAGACAAUUUCAGGAAUAACGAGUGAGGAUAUUCACGCGCAAAAGAACAUAGAUAAUAACAAAAAGUUGAUAAAAACGCCAAGCAGACGUUUGUGCAAGAGUGUAAAUAUGGAAGACGCAGCAUCGCACGGCAGGUUCAAUAAAUGUAUUAUUCUAUUCAAUUGAAUUGUAUUUAUAAUUACUUAUGAUUUAUUCGGAGGCAGAGAAAAUGCUUCGACGUUUGAAUUUAUUAUCUGUUAAUUUCAAUUCCCCCCAGUGGGCCAAGUGUAUUUAUCCGACAUUUUAUUUUCGAUUUCUUUACGAUUAGUUGAAUAUAGCGGUGUAAUAGUCGAAUAGUGAUAGUGAGAUUCUCGAGAAAAAUAAUAGGUCGAUGGCUCGGGGGAAUUCAUCGAUAAUUGUAUAAAUCAUUCUUAAUUUAUUCCGUUGAAUGUAUGUCCUUGCACUGAGAGCUUAUGAUCAUAUCGAGUGCAAUUAUAUUAAACAGUGGUAAUGGGAAGAUGAAUCCCUCGACUGUGAGUUAAUUAAGCUCUCGGCGUAAUCAAAAGAGUAAUGAUAGUUUAAAUGUUUUAGUUUUAUAUUGCAACAUAUCUCGUAUGAGACUCGAGAAUAUUCCGUUUUACAUAGAUAGACGAAUUUGUUAUUUAUAUUUCUAUUUUAUCGAUUUAAUUGUCCCCGACUGGACAUUUUAUAGGGAUAAUUAUUCGAUAUUUUUUUAAAUGAUAAAUAAGUAUGAUAGUGUACUUUCAGUUUCUGCGAGCGAAGCGAAGACCCGAACAAUUGCAUAAAGAAAAAAAUAAUGUCAUGGUAAAUGGAAAUUUACUGUUUAAUGAGAGAUGAUCCCCCCCCCCUCCCUUCCCCUCUCCGCCCCUCAAAAAAUGCUGUUGAACUUUUAUUUAUUAUCCGAAGUGAAGAAAAAUGUAGAUGUUAAGAAUGACGUUCUACCGAAAUAUGCUAGACUUAUAAAUACACCCUUAUAUAUAAUGAAUUAAGCGUACAUUACCUACCUACCUUAAUCCGUCGUUGACUACGGAUGAGAAUGAAAUAAAAGAAAAUAUGGAAACAGAAACAGAAAAAAAUCACGCAAUCAUACAUUUAAGUUGCUACUUGGCACGUAUACCUAAGUAAUAUUACUAACAUAAACAGUAUGCAAUAAUAAUAAAUAUGAGGAGAAAAAAAUAUAA